GGAGGGCAAGGGGAAAGCAGGUGUGGCUGUGAAGUGUGCAGGGACCGGGGUGGACAGGCCUUGUAGGCUGCGGGGUGUUGGGUACAUAGGGCAGAGAAAGAUGAGGUUGGGCCUGAUUGGGGACGGCCUGCUGGCCAUGCUGAGGAGUCUAGAUGUUAUCCUCUUGGCUCUAGCAAGCAUAGGGGGUUUGAAGCAUGGCAGGGAUAUGAUUAGCACUGUGUUCUAGAAAGAUGCCCCUGGCUGUCGUGUGAGGGUUAGGCCCAACUGAGUUUGGAGGUAAGUUUGGAGAGGAAGUGGCUGCAGUGACUAAAGUGAGAAACACAGGGAAACAGUGUUGUGUGGAGCUUGUGGCAGCUACUGAAAUUCAGCAAAGAGCCUGGCACACAAAAGGACUUUGGUAAAAGGCUUGAACUUUGCUGAGAAGAUGGAGCCCGGGCAGGAGGCAGCAGGGUCUGCAGACUUUCUACUGCCGUGACCACUGAGUGACCUUAAACCAGUCCCUUCCUCUUUCUAGCUUCUUUUCCUCUUGUAUCGUAAAGUGAGUAAUACCUCCUCUCCUAGCGGUAGAAGAGAGACCCUCCAAGGGAGGUUUCCAGAAAGAGCUGCUUUGGUCAGCGCAGCCCAGCCCCUCUUCACAGGCUGCCCUUGGCUCCCCAGUGACUUCUUACCCAGGGCAUUCCCAGCCCUCGUGUCUUGAACCCCCACCACCAUCACCAUCACCAUGUACCUUUGUGGCCUUACCAUACUCUGCUCUUUACAUAUCUCUUCACAUUCCUUUCCUAGACCUGUGGUGCUGUUUUCCUUCCCUUCUUAGCCCCUCUGAACUCGCCUUGGGGCCUGGGACUGAACUCACCUGGCCACCUGCCUAGUGUGCCUUUCUUAAGCAGUGAUAUUCAGCCUCUGCUAGAAUUAUGUAUUCAGGUCGUAUCUCUCGUCUAGAUUAUGAGUUCCUUGAGAGCAUGGCCGUGUCUUACUCCUUCCAUAGCCCCUACAGUGCCCAGCACAGGGCCUGGCACCGAGUGAGUAUUGUUAGUGUUUGAUGAACAAGGGACUGAAUGAGCUCAUUGACUGCAACUGCUCGCCAUGCAAGGGCAGCUGUGAGGAAUCCAGUCAGCAGCAACUCCACCCAUCUGUGUGUUGCUUUAACAGUUCAUUAAGUACUUUAAAAUCCCGUUUCACCGAUUGACUCUUAAGGAAGAGGAGCCUGGUUCCUUAAGAUGGCCUGAUAUGAAGGCGUCACGCCUCCUGCGUCCCCAAGCCUCCAGAGCUGCCCUGUGGCUGCCUUGUCCUUCAAGUGCAGGAGCCAGUCGAAAUGUCGGGAAUGGAAGCCAGUGUGACCAUCCCGAUCUGGCAAAACAAGCCACAUGGGGCUGCUCGAAGUGUAGUGAGAAGAAUCGGGACCAACCUGCCCCUGAAGCCAUGUCCCCGGGCAUCCUUUGAGACCCUGCCCAACAUCUCUGACCUCUGUCUGAGGGAUGUGCCCCCAGUCCCUACUCUGGCUGACAUCGCCUGGAUUGCUGCAGAUGAAGAGGAGACUUAUGCCCGGGUCAGGAGCGAUACACGCCCCCUGAGGCACACCUGGAAGCCCAGCCCUCUGAUCGUCAUUCAGCGCAAUGCCUCAGUGCCCAACCUCCGCGGGUCAGAGGAGAGGCUCCUGGCCUUGAAGAAGCCGGCCCUGCCGGCCCUCAGCCGCACCACAGAGCUGCAGGAGGAGUUGAGCCACCUGCGCAGCCAGAUUGCUAAAAUAGUGUCAGCUGAUGCAGCUUCGGCUUCAUUAACGCCAGAUUUCUUAUCUCCAGGAAGUUCAAAUGUCUCUUCUCCCUUACCUUGUUUUGGAUCCUCAUUCCACUCUACAACUUCCUUUGUCAUUAGUGACAUCACCGAGGAGACCGAGGUAGAGGUCCCUGAGCUUCCAUCAGUCCCCCUGCUUUGUUCUGCCAGCCCUGAAUGUUGCAAACCAGAACACAAGGCUACCUGCAGCUCGUCUGAAGAAGAUGACUGCGUCUCUCUGUCCAAGGCCAGCAGCUUUGCAGAUAUGAUGGGUAUCCUAAAGGACUUUCACCGGGUGAAGCAGAGCCAAGAUCUGAACCGGAGUUUAUUGAAGGAGGAAGACCCAGCCCUCCUUAUCUCUGAGGUCCUAAGGAGGAAGUUUGCGCUAAAGGAAGAAGAUAUCAGUAGAAAAGGAAACUGAUGGCACUCAGCUCUGCAAACUCAGUCUCAUGCUCCUGGAAUUCUUUCAAUAGCUGCCUUCCUCACUGCAGAUGUUUCUGCCUCUCAAUUAGAAAUCUUCUGCAACAGUCUUGCCGAAAGCUAGAGCUUGGACUAAGAGAAGAGCUGCAUUACAUGUUUUCCGUACUUCAGACCUUAGCAGAAGCUGCCUGUUUUGAGCUGAGACACGUUACAGGUAAUUGUGUAGGUUGGAAUGGCCCAGUUUAAAGGGUGAGAUAGAAGUUUCUGGUUUUUCCUUGCCCCUGUGUGAAAAUAGGUCCUAAAUGAAUGACUGACUUCACUGCACUAGACCCCAUAACUGGUCUCACUGAACACUUUGUGCCCAGCUGUCACUUACUCUCAGCCAGUUCCUUGCAGCAGAGCAUGGCUGAGGGCAGGGGGCUAUGUUUAUGUACAUGUUCACAGGGCAGGGAAAAUCUUAUGCUGCUCCAUCAUGAACUGACACCAGUGCCCAGCAAUCACUCUCUCCCCCUUCCCUGUCCAACACCUACAUGUAGAGAUCGAGCCACUGGACCAGCUGACACUUGGGCUGCUGGGAGGCCUGGGCUGUUUUUUCUUAAAUAUAUUUUGUAAUACUGUACAACCAAAUCUACCCUCCAAGGCCCUGGGCCCUCAUUGGUUCCACUAAUUGAAAGCUCUUUCUCUUCCAUGGACUUUAGUUUAAGCCCAGUAGGAAAGAGAAAUGGAGAUGGGAAAGAGUACCAUCCUUCUUCCAGGCCCUUGACUGCUCCUUUGCAUUGGGCCAAGGUUUGUACCUACCACACCAUGCAUGACUCAGAUGCCCUCAGGUCCCUUUUCUCUACGGUAUGUAUCCUGUGUGUGUUUGGGUUGAAGCGCACUACCUGACAUUAAAGGAAGGAUUUGGAGAGAUAUUGCAUUUGCUGUGUCCAUCUCUGAGUCGUGAUCACCCAGUAUCUCCCACAGGUAUAGAAUUUCUAUUAAUUUUAAGGUAUAUGAACCUCUGUAAACAGGUUCCUGGCUUCCUCUUGCCUUUAGAAGAGAAAGCUUCCCUAGGGAGCUUCUUAUCUCUUUCUUUACAGAGAGAUUUUGGCCUAACCUUUCAAAGCUGGUCCUGUCUUAUAACUUGCAAGCUUGCCCCCCAGAGGCUUAUUUUUAAGCCUCUUAGGUACCACACCUGCAAUGUGGGAAACUGCCACCUAGUGGAUGUCUUGAGUAGAACACAAGUCAAAUUAGACUUGUGUUCA